AUAAUUUUAAAUUAAAAUUUAAAUAAAUAAAAUAGCCAAUUUUUAAAAGAAUUUAAGCAAAGAAUAUAAAUAAAAAUAUAAACUUUAAAAUAAAUAACAUAUAUAUAAAGAAAAUAUAAAAUUCCUAAUGGAAUUUGAGUUUAACUAAAAAAGUCUCAACACUAAUUGGGAACAAAGCCCCAGAAAAAUUUGAACAAAGUGAAAAAAUUCCAGUUUUCUAUAAGAAAAACCAGUUUUCAAGCAGCUACGCCUUAAAAAUUAAUUAAAGGAGAAACUUUAUUCUUUAUAAAAAUACAAAAUUAUAGUCAAUUAAUUUAUUUAGCUGAAAAAAAUCAAUAAUGUCUGUGCCAAAAAAUAACUUGAAAAAAUUAAUAACUAUGAAAAAUAGCUGUGGGCGUUAUUUAACAUCGCUCCACAAUGGAUUUCUUCAUCGUAGUUAUCAAAAACAUGAUUUUAAAAUAUGGAGUCAUGGCUGAGGAAUCUUAUUAUUAUAAUCAUCAUUAUCUUCCAAAGUAUAAUGAAAUUUUAAUGACCUUUUUCAACUCUUGCUUUUGUAUGUGGUUGUUGUUGGUUUUGGAUUUUUCUGUAUCUGAGUAGUAUUUGUGUAUGUAUUCUGGAAUGAAAAGAAAACGACAUAGAAAAAUGCACUCAUUAUUAUAUGUGUAUAUACAUAUAUGAAAGUAUGCAGUAAAACAACAACAAGGAGUAGAUAAAUUAGUCAGACACAUAUAAACAUACUUAUAGUGAGAAAAAAAAAACGAGUAUGAUUUUGUUAGUGUAAAUGAGUUUUGUACAUAACAAACCAUCAUAAAAAAAGGAAGUUUAUUCAAGUGGAUACUAGUACGAUAAUGGAAUUUGAAUGGGAGUGUUUUCCUGUUGCCAUUUAUUAUAGAAAUGCUUUGAAAAGCUUAAAUCUACCUAGAAAAUCUUUUAUUUAUACAAAUGUUCUGAUUGCUACAAAUGAUAUCUUAACCAUGGGUUGGAGAAUUAACACAAUUCUUAAGACAAGCUUUAGCUGAGAUCGUUGGAUGUUUUCUUUGUUCAAAUGUUCAUCAACUUUAAAGGAUUUGGAUCUGGUACUUAAUUUGAUAAAUUCUAUGAGAAAUCAUCACAAUUAUAAUUGCAAAUUUAACUAAUUGUUAACUGCUAAUUCUACUCCACUUAAAUGUCAACUCACUAAGUAUAACAAAAAAAAAAAAAAAAAAUAAAAGAAAGUUUUUUAUUAACAGAAAAAAAGAAAAACUUUCAUAAACAAGAGUAAAAGUAUCAUUUUUAUUAUUAUAUUAUAUAUUGAUAAUAUUAUAUUAUUUAUUAUAUAAGACCCUAUUGGUCAUUUUAUGCCUUAACAUAAAAAGUUUCUUUACAGAUAACAACGUUGCAGAACCAAACCAAUCCUAAUUACAAAAAUCCAACUAUAAAACUUCAACAACAACUAAUUUAAUAACAUUUUUUUGUUUUAUAAAACUAUAUUGAUUAUAUUGUUUAUAUACCUUUUUAUUAAAACAUUUAAUUUUUUUUUUUUAUCAUAUUAAAAACUUAAUUCCCUUAAUUAAUUUUAUAAAAAAAAACAAUUAUUGAAAUAAAAUUUUUAGCACCUAAAUAUCAAACGGCUUAUGCAUGUGAAGGUAAGAAAUUAACCAUAGAAUGUGAACCGGGUGAUUUGAUAAAUCUAAUCAGAGCCAAUUAUGGACGUUUUUCCAUAACAAUAUGCAAUGAUCAUGGCAAUAUGGAAUGGAGUGUUAAUUGUAUGUUUCCAAAAAGUUUAACGGUGCUUAAUUCAAGAUGUGCUCAUAAACAAAGUUGUAGUGUUUUGGCUACAACCAGUAUGUUUGGUGAUCCUUGUCCGGGUACACAUAAAUAUUUGGAGGCACAUUAUCAAUGCAUAUCGGCUUCACAAACUUCAACAACAACAAAUCGUCCCAGUCCGCCUCCCUGGGUUCUAUCGAAUGCUCCACCUUUACUACCGAAUGGUAGUAGUUCUUCAAUAAUAAAUCCUGCCGUUUUAUCGCCACCUUUGCCACCAGCCCAACGACCACAAAUGCCUAUACCAGGUAUGGCUAAUACAAAUCUACCAUUAGGAGGAGUUGGCAAUAUGCCACCAAAUAGUGUGGUGCCUUCAUCGCCAGGUCCACCAACUAUACACACAACACUGCCGGGUGGUCGUCUAAAGGCAGGUAGUUAUAAUAGUACUGCUUUAAAAACACCUACACGUCAUGAUGGUUUACCACCACCACCGCCUUUACAUCAUCAUCAUCAUUCAGCCACUAAUGGUGGUCAUCAUCCUUCGAAUGAUCAGGGUAAGGAGGGGGGAGGACCACCUACUAGAGGAGGGGAACAGCAGCAGCAGCAUUUGCAUAAAACCGAAAGCAAAACUAGCAAAGCUCCUGUUAGUAAUAACAACAGCAACAGCAAUACCACCGCUCCACCCAACACUAGAAUACUUACCGGUGUAGGAGGUACUGGCAGUGAUGAUGGCACUUUGCUAACCACCAAAACUACUACUAGAGGACAACAGCAACAGCAGCAGCAACAAUCUCCUCCUACCGGCACCACCACAGCCUCUUCCCUGGGCAGUUUAAAUACUACUUUAGGAGCUGGUAUUAUAAAAUCCAUUAACAACAUUAAUCUCAAUUCUGGUUUAGGAGGAGAAGAUGAAACCAAUAUGUUUUGUGGACCCACUAAUGCACGCAAUCUUUUCUGGAAUAUGACACGAGUAGGAGAUGUUAAUGUACAACCCUGUCCUGGUGGUGCUACCGGCAUAGCUAAAUGGCGUUGUGUUUUAAUGAAAAGAAUAACAUUGGAUGAUGAAGAAGACUCUGCCAGCUCUACACAAACACCCAUAUGUAAUGGCACAUCCUGUCUCAAUCUAAGAUUACGUAAUUUUGAACCCACCUGGCAUCCUUUAACACCCGAUCUAACACAAUGUCGUAGUUUAUGGUUAAAUAAUCUAGAAGUACGUGUUAAUCAUCGUGAUUCAUCGCUUAUAUCAAUAGCCAAUGAUUUAUCCGAAGUGACCAGCAGUAAGACACUCUAUGGUGGUGAUAUGUUAGUUACCACCAAAAUCAUACAAGCCAUGUCAGAGAAAAUGUAUCAUGAUAAAGAAACUUUCCCCGAUCAACGUUUAAGAGAGGCCAUGAUUUUGGAAUUGUUACAGGGUGUUGUUAAAACUGGUUCAAAUCUUUUGGAUGAAUCACAAUUAUCUUCAUGGUUAGAUCUUAAUCAAGAGGAUCAAAUGAGAGUGGCCACUUCAUUGUUAACCGGUCUAGAGGAUAAUGCUUUUCUUUUAGCUGAUACUAUUAUAAGGGAAAGGAAUGUUGUGCAAAAGGUUAAGAAUAUAUUGCUUUCCGUGCGUGUCUUGGAAACUAAAAGUAUACAAAACAAUGAAGUAUUUCCCGAUGCUGAACAGUGGCAAAUAAGUGAUGAUAGAAUAGAAUUACCACGAGCCGCCUUAAUCGAAAACAGUGAGGGCGGUUUAGUGCGCAUAGUGUUUGCUGCCUUUGAUCGUUUGGAAUCUAUACUCAAACCCUCCUAUGAUCAUUUUGAUUUAAAAUCUGCCAGAAGUUAUAUACGCAAUACUGCCAUUUUAGCCAAUGAUAGUGAUGCUUCCAGCAGCCAACAACGUAUACGCAUUCUAAAUAGUAAAGUUAUAUCAGCUAGUUUGGGUAAAGGACGUCACAUACAGCUAUCACAACCCAUUAAAUUAGUUUUAAGACAUUUAAAAACCGAAAAUGUUACCAAUCCAACCUGUGUUUUCUGGAACUAUAUAGAUCAUGCCUGGUCUGCUAAUGGUUGUAUUUUGGAGUCCACCAAUCGCACGCACAGCAUAUGCAUGUGUAAUCAUUUAACAAAUUUUGCUAUUCUAAUGGAUGUCAUGGACGAUCAUACACAUUCUUUAUUCACCAUGUUCGAUGGCAAUAUGAGAAUUUUGAUUUAUGUCAGCAUUUCCAUUUGUUUGGUUUUUAUAGUGAUAGCGUUAUUAACUUUGAAAAUAUUUAAUGGCGUAUUUAUUAAGUCUGCCCGCACUUCUAUUUAUCGCAAUAUUUAUAUUUGUUUAUUAUUAAUCGAAGUUCUAUUCCUGAUCGGUAUAGAACAAGUCGAAGCAAAUAUAAUAUUUUGCGGUUUCACAACGGUAUUUUUACAUUGUGCCAUUUUAACGGCCAUAGCAUGGUUUUGUUUUGAAGCAUUCCAAUCCUAUACAACUUUAACCACCGAUGAUAUAUUGCUAGAGGUUGAUCAGACCUCAAAAGUUAAUUGUUACUAUUUACUCUCCUAUGCACUAUCAUUUACAAUAGUGGCCAUUUCUUUGGCCAUAAAUCCCAGUACCUAUACCGAAAAUGACUAUUGUGUAUUAAUGGAAACGAAUUUUCUAUUCUAUGCCACAUUUGUAACGCCACUAAUGAUAUUUUUAAUGGGUGCCUUGGGUUAUACUUUCUUAUCGUGGAUAAUAAUGUGUCGCAAGUCACGCACGGCUUUAAAAAAUAAAGAACAUACUAGAUUGGCCAAUGUGAGAUUUGAUAUACGCUGUAGUUUUAUAUUUUUGCUGUUACUAUGUGGUGCCUGGUUUACGGCCUAUUUCUAUUUAAGACGUUCCAAAUUGGAUGAUGAAAUGUCACAAAUAUAUGGUUACCUUUUCGUAGGUUUCAAUACCAUGAUGGGCAUCUAUAUAUUUGUGUUCCAUUGCAUACAAAAUGAAAAGAUACGCCGUGAGUAUCGCAAGUAUGUAAGACAAAACUCCUGGUUGCCCAAGUGUUUGCGUUGCUCCAAAACCUCUAUAUCCUCGGGUAUUGUGGGAGGCAGUGCCUGUGGCAUGAACUCUGCUGGAAAUACGGGCACCUUGAACAGCAAUACAAAUGCUUUAGUUUCUUCUACGGGAACUCAAUUGAAAAAGUCGAAAAUUCCUUUGGGAGAUGCUAAUGAAAAUGAUGAAACUGGUAAUAUAAUCUCAGCCACUGAGGAUGCCAUUAUGGCCUCUUCUGACUGUGAGCUAAAUGAGGGUAGCAAAACACGUAGACAAGGAUCUUCUUCUAAUAGCAGUGCGGUGGGUGGUAUAGUUGCCACAGCCGGCACCAUUAAGAGUGGCAUAAUGCCGGGUAAUUUAGUGCUGCAACAUACCAACAAAACAAAUGAUCCCACUUUGCAGGGUCAUGUGAUAAUGGAGCGUAAUACUGGUCCUGGUACUACAGGUACUUUAAGAUCUACAGGUGGCUUGCGUACCCCCAGUGCUGGCCAUACUUCGCCCACCUCAUCGGUUAGCUCUACACAUUUAAUAUUUGGUCAGGGUCAUAAACAACAGCAAUUAGCUGCAGGCAGCAUGAAUGGUGUGGUACCACCGCCAACACAAGAAGCUUUUUAUCAUCAGCCAGAUUAUUAUGCCUGGCAAAAGGCCAACAGCAAACAGGCAGCACAACAAGGACAAGUGAGGGACUAUCAUGGCUCUGGCAUAUCACCGCAGCAGCAGCAACAACAGUCUCAUGAAUUCUUCUACUGGACCCAGAAACAUAAUCAGGGUCACAGCAAAAAGAAACGGGGCAGUAAUACUGGCUCCGACUCACCUAGUGGUUCAUUGCAUUCACGCAACACAGCCACUUCACAGCAGAUAUUGUUCUAUCCUUCAUACAAGAAAACAGCCAUGAAACAGCCCACACCCUCAGCGCCACAUUCCUACUAUGCUGAGGCCUUAGAUCCGGGUGCUCCACCGCCUCAUUAUCAGCAACAGCUGCAACAACAAAGACGACCACCACACGCUUAUCAACAGCAUCAGCAGCAGCAACAGUUGUCCUCUGACGAUGAACAAAUGGAGCAUGCUGCUCAUGCUCAUUUGCUACAGCAAAUGAAUCGUCGUGGUCCUGGCCCCGGGGAAUUUGCGCUCUCCCAAACGGCGGGCCCUCAACAACAACGUUACUAUAGAAAUAAGCAUUCCAACUGUGAUUUAAACCAACCAAUGAGCGGCGGAGGCGGCGGCGCUGAAACCUAUUAUAAUCAAGGUUCAUUGGCCAGUGAUAAUGGUCCCGUAUACGAAGAGAUCUUAAGUAAUCGUACCUCAGAUGUACAACAUUAUAAUGUCGAUGAUCUGUUACCGCAACAUCAUGACUAUGAAGAUGAAAGAGCCAUGCAAUUGGCGUAUCAACGGCAACAGCAACAACACCACCAGCAGCAGCAGCGAUUAAUGAAACAACGUUAUAAUCAUAAUGGUGGCGGAGGUAUUGUGAGUGGUCCACCUACUGGUGGUGUUAUGUUACCUGGUAAAAUGCCAUCACGUUCUCAUCAUGAUUAUGUUGAUGAUUUUGAGGGUCAUGAGGCUGAGAGUCCCUAUACGGAUGACGAAGACGACGAGGAAGAGGAGGAGGACGAAGAGCCCGAUGAUGAGGGUAGUGAUGAUCAUUUACCGCCACAAAGUGACGAACGUAUGCGUAGACUGAUGGCUAUGCAGGAUGCUGAUUUUCAAAGAAGGUUUCAGCGUCAACUACGUAAAAAUGCCCAAGCCAAUGAGCAAACAGCAACCGGGCCACCCAGUUACAAUGACUAUCAUGAACCGCAGUAUCCCUUGCCACCAGUACAACCACAACAGCAACUGCAGCAGCAACAACAGCCGAUAACGGUUUUUGGGGUAAGUAGCGGUGCUGGUGGUUCAGUGCGUAGUUUCAAAAAGACUACAACUGCCAACGGUAGCCGCUUAGCUGUUAAUGAAUUAUUUGCCACAACUCAUGGUCCACCAUUGCCACCGGCCAAUCAACAUCCCAUGCAAAAGAAACAACAACAACAGCAGCAGCAACAACAAAUAUCACCACAAUCAGUCAAUAAUAUGCCAGUAGUGGGACGUAAUAUAUCAGCCAUGUUGGAUGAAAAUAAUACUGUGAGAUGUUAUUUAGAGCCUUUAGAAAAGUAAAACAAAAUAAAAAAAAACCGAUUUAAAUUUAAAACAUUUUAUAUACAUUGAUUAAUAUAUAAUAUAUUAUAUAUAUAAAAAGACAGACAUUAAUUAUUACAUGUUUAAAAAGGUGUAUUUAUUAAAGAAAAAGCAAAUAAUUUAAUUAAAAAAACAAAUAUAAAAAGAAACUGAUUGACAGACAAACAAAAACAAAAAGUGUUAGUUAAGCUAUAAAAUUUAAUUAUAUUAACAAACUAAAAAAGAAAAGAAAAAAUCUCCUUCCUUUAAAAACAAAUAAACCCAAAAAAACAAAAACAAAAUUCCUUUAAAAAGCAACUUUAAACUCCUGGCUCUACAAUAAACUCCUUUUUUUAAUGUGUAGUAGAGGCAAAGCAAAAACCGCGCAUUAAAUGUAAUUUUCAAUUGACAACAAAAAAAAAAUUAAAAAAAUUUAUAAAAAAAAGAAA